UCGAAUGUCCUGAUUUGGAUAGUGAAUGGUCUGAUUCAGAUAGUGAAUGGUCUAACGAAGAGAAUGACAAAACUGGGAUUAAAAAAUCAAUUAAAAAAUCCACAAGUUUUAAUAAAUUCACAAUAAAAAUGUAUUUGUAUAAUCCACUUCUGCUUCCAGAUACAAUUGCAAUAAUCAUUCAAAAACUCCCAUUGGUUAGUCUUAGUAUGGCUUUAUGCAUUAAUCAUACUUGGAAUAAGGAAGUAAAACUUGAAUUGCAUAUGAGGCGUGAAAAGUUUAAAAAUCAAUAUUGGAAAACAGUGUCAGUAAGAUAUAUGGAGAUACAGCUUAAAGAACAAUAUUGGGAAGAAGAGGGUAGAAGAAGAGAAAGAGGCGAUGUAUUAAAUCAUAUCAAUCAUGCUAAUAAUAAGAGUGGAUGGUUGCAUCCCUGGUUGGAAUAUGAAAUAGAAGAAAUGAUUAAUCCUAUAGAUUAUGAACUUAAUAUAUUUUUAGAUUCAAAUAGGUAA